GAAGAGAGAUAUGUUCAGAUCCGAGUGCCUUUUACACGUCGGACAAAUAUGUUACCUGGACUUGGUGUGGGCCGGGAAUGAUGGGCUAGAGUUUAAAAUGGGAGGCGGCCCAACAAUCUGAUCCCUGCCUGCUAACCAGCUUUUCGUUACAUCUGUAACUGCAGAUUGGGCACCGCAAUCUCUCCCGCAGCCCCGCUAUAAAGCUAUCUUUUAUUUCUCACUUGGACGCUCGGGUGUGUCUCAAUCCAGUCAGAGAGCUUGCAAUUUUUCUUUUCUCUUACACACCAUGUUACCCGCAGUCAAGAAGGCGCAGGUUGUUUUUUAGGGCACGACCCAAGCUGGAAUAUGAAUGCCGAGCAUCAGAAAUCAGUUAGCUGUACAUUCAUGCACUGUUUUUUAGUGCAUGUCCCAAGUUGAAAUCUAAUCCUAAGGAGAGGUUCAGUGUACGGCAUAAGCGUGGAAAAAAUCUAGGCAGUGGGUCCCAUUAGCAGUGCAUGAAUAUGGCAGUUGCUUUCCCCCUGAACUGAACUCCAAGCCCCCACCACCGCACAAGAGGCGGGAAGCCCCACGUAUCAAGCAGCCGUUGCACAAUUUGUCAUGUGCCUGUUUUGGGCACUCCAAUGUGUUCUUAUCCCCAAGCGUUCGCCCACAAAUGUUCCUGUCAUCCCAACUAAAUUAACAAUAAAAGGCAAACCCAAAACUCUCCUCUAUGUUUGCCACCUGAGCUUGUGUACUGACAAACACCACUAGCCAAGUGUUGUCCAUGUAAGAAAACUUUGAGCUCUGCCGAGGACACGAUCGUUCUGGUUCUUCUUGCCAAGUAUCAGCCCCAGCUCAUUUGGAGACACGUUUCGAGAUCCUUGACUCUUUACUGCGUUCAAGCACUUAUCCUUCUAUGCUGAUUACUGCCUUAUAAAUAAGCCCCUUCGCUGCAUAAUGUGCUUCUCACAACCGUUACUGCUUAGUUUAUUUCCUUGUGUUUUCUAUGGGAGGGAUGUCAAAAUCAACCACGAGUGGUUUUGGAGAGAAAAAACAGUUCAAGAAGCCUGCGCAGGCUAGUUCUAGGAAGGGGUGCAUGAGAGGGAAAGGGGGACCAGAGAAUGCUCUCUGCACUUACAAGGGUGUCCGCCAGAGAACUUGGGGCAAAUGGGUGGCUGAAAUUCGAGAGCCCAACCGUGGUGCUCGUCUCUGGCUUGGCACCUUUGACACCUCCCAUGAAGCUGCCACGGCUUACGAUGCUGCUGCUCGUAAACUUUAUGGACCUGAGGCAAAGCUCAAUUUACCAGAGCUCCAAGUUAACAAUUGCCAGUUUCCUGCCUCUCCAGCCAAUUCCCAGGUGACCCAAAUGACAUACCAACCUUGUCAAAUCAUCCAUAACUGUAGUUCUACUACAUCUACAUGCUCAUCCAAUACCCCAAGUAUUGAGUCUAUUGAAAUGACACCAAUGUUAUACAACCACGAUCCAAUCAUGUAUUUCUCCAACGAAAGCGUUGAUUCGGAUGGAAAGGGGGCAGUAAAUGAAGUAAAUUUUGGGCGAAGUGAAGUGGAAAUCAAAGAAUUUUGGUCGAAUUUCAACGUGAACAUUCCUUUCGAUGACUCGAUUUGGGUAGAGGCAGCAAUGUCGAUUAAUUUUCCAGUGGUGGAAGAUCCUGGGAUUUUCGCUAGCAAUCUCAUGGAAGGAACAGGUAGGGACACAUUGCAGACUCCGUGGUGCAUGUAAAUCGAAGCCCCUGUCCUCUUACAUGUCCUUCUGAGUCAGAAGGAAGUUAAAAGAGAGAAAUAAAAACACACAAUCCUUAUAUAGCCGUGAAGCCACUGAGUUUUUUGGGCUCUAAUCCUGGCUCGUGUGCUUAUGGACGUCUCUCUCUAGCAAGUCACGGGCAUGCAUCAGUCACGUGCUUCUCCUACUGUGAUUUAUACUUCUGUAGUGGUCUCUUAGCCUAUAAUGUGUACAAAGCUUAGCCAAAAAAAAUAAAAGAUGGUCUGGUCUGGCUUGAAUUUGAUUUUUAUAAUUUCUAAAUUUCAUUGCACAUCAUUGAAAAUCUUUUCCCACAUGUCUUCCAAAUUUCUGCAUCAAUUUUCUUUUUUUGCUUCUUGCAAUUUUCUUGCA